AUGGGUUGCAGGUCCAAAUAUUUACCUCUAGCCUACCCGAUUAAAGGACUUAAGUCGGAAAAUGGCAAACAGGCACAACCGUAUCAACUCUUAGUCAAUCUAUUCUUACUAAGAAGGUUUGCUGGAUAUGCAGAUGAGUUUGUUAAACCUGUUUUCAUCAACAAGGGCCAACAAGGCUUUAUCUUUCGGUUUGAACACAACAAGAGAGAUCUCUGCUUGAAGUUGUUCUAUGACUACCAAGCACCCUACACUGUCCAAGAAAGAACCUUAGCCUUUAUCUGCCCAUUUGCAUGUGAAUCACGUGCCUUUGCUCGUCUAUGCGAUUUGCACGAAAAUGGUCAUUGGGCAGUGCAGUGCCAUGGAUGGAUGUAUCUUACAGACUCCCAACUUCAGCAGCUUCAAAGAGUAAGUGGAAGGGAGAGACACGACCCGAACUGGAACAAUGCCCGCUGGGCGAUUGUUAAAGACUUCAUUGCUGAGGACCCACUAAGCCGACAAGACGAAGGGUUCCAGCAAAUCGUGUCAAAUUUUGCAAUCCCAAGACGUGGCCGUCUCAUGCCCCAGGAUGUAAAGAAAGCAAACUAUAGAGGAAGUCUGAUUGUAGAUCUGGGAUCUACGUUUACCUUUCCAUUCUACCGGUCUUACGCUAGCCUGUACGAAUUUAAUGCUGUCUACAAAAGUUUAGACGAAUAUGGAUUACCUGAUUGGGACUACUGA